UUUUCAGUUGUUGUUCUUCUUUUUAUUUUUGUUAUUUGAAAAAUUAAAAAUUUUUGUGUGGUAAAGAAAUUUGUGGCGGCUUUUUUAAAGAUAAUAAAAAAUUAUUUUUAUUUCAAAAAUAUAACGCAGAUUAUAUUAAAUAAUUUUAAAUAACAUUUUUUGUAAUCAUGGCUACAAUAUCGAAACAGACGUUGAAAAAAGAAAUCAAUGAUAUUUUAAAAGACGCUGAUUUGAGUGUUCUUUCUGCAAAAAAAGUACGCUUACAACUACAAGCAAAACUAGGAUGUGAUUUGAUAAGUCGAAAAGAUGAAAUUGAUAGUAUCGUAAUGGACUUUGUCAAUUCGGAAGCAAAAUCAGAAGGUGAAGAGGAAAAUUCAGAAGAAGAAGAAGAAGUGAAGUCCCCUGUUAAAAGAAAGGCCCCACCCGCAAAGAAAGCAGCAAAAAAGAAGAAAACCAAUGGUAGUGAAAGUGACAAUGAUGAUGAUGAUGAUGGAUCUGCCGAAGAAUAUAGCCCUAAAAAGACAAGAGGAGGAGGUGGAAGUAGAAAGAAAGCUGGUAAUGGCGAAACAAAAAAAGGAGCCUCAAAAGGAAAAGGUAAAGGAACAGGGUUUACUAGAGCAUAUAAAUUAUCACCAGAACUUGCUUCAUUUAUGGGAGCGGAGGAAAUGCCUCGGCAUGAAGUUGUGAAGAAAAUGUGGGCCGUUAUCAAAGAACGAAAUCUGUACGAUCCUAAAAAUAAACAAUACGCUAUUUGUGAUGAAGAUUUACAUAAAAUUAUGGGCGUAAAAAAAUUCCGUACCUUUGGUAUGUUGAAGUACCUAAAACCACAUUUCCUUAAUUAAUACCGCUAGUGAACAAUAAAAUGCUUUUCUGUUUUUAAGAAUUGCAAAGAAAAUUUAAUUCUUUAUUUUAAAAUGAAGUUAAUAAAUGUUUUUUUUUAAAAUAUACGACAUAAAUGUUGAACCAUGUUUUAUCUCAAUCACUAUUUUUAAAAG